GGGUGGUGAUGGUGCUGCUGCUGGUGAUCCUCAUCCCGGUGCUGGUGAGCUCGGCCGGCACGUCGGCGCACUACGAGAUGCUGGGCACUUGCCGCAUGGUCUGCGACCCCUACGGGGGCACCAAGGCGCCCAGCACGGCCGCCACGCCCGACCGCGGCCUCAUGCAGUCCCUGCCCACCUUCAUCCAGGGCCCCAAAGGCGAGGCCGGCAGGCCGGGGAAGGCGGGCCCGCGGGGGCCCCCGGGUGAGCCCGGGCCGCCGGGCCCCGUGGGCCCCCCGGGCGAGAAGGGCGAGCCCGGCCGCCAAGGCCUGCCGGGCCCGCCGGGGGCGCCGGGCCUGAACGCGGCCGGGGCCAUCAGCGCCGCCACCUACAGCACGGUGCCCAAGAUCGCCUUCUACGCCGGCCUCAAGCGGCAGCAUGAAGGCUACGAGGUGCUCAAGUUCGACGACGUGGUCACCAACCUCGGGAACCACUACGAUCCCACCACGGGCAAGUUCACCUGCUCCAUCCCGGGUAUCUACUUCUUCACCUACCACGUCCUGAUGCGAGGAGGGGAUGGCACCAGCAUGUGGGCUGAUCUCUGCAAAAACAACCAGGUGCGCGCCAGCGCGAUUGCCCAAGACGCGGAUCAGAAUUACGACUACGCGAGUAACAGCGUGGUUCUUCACCUGGAGCCAGGGGACGAAGUCUACAUCAAGUUAGAUGGCGGGAAAGCCCACGGAGGCAACAACAACAAAUACAGCACAUUUUCUGGAUUUAUUAUUUAUGCUGACUGAUCGUGCAAAAACUAAGCUUCUUGCUCUGAGUUCAGACCUUGGAUUCAUGUGGCUAACGUCAGUGAACCGAGGACCCCGGGGGAUGCCGGAUGCGGGGCACCUCAGCUGUGUAUAUGAUGUGGGGGAUUCAAAUGCUACCUGACUCACAUCUGUGUACUCAGAACAUGAUGUAAAAAAAAUAUAUAUUAAAAUCAAGAUAAGCAGAUGUGUGAUCCACUACCGCCAAAGCAAAUAACUCCUUAUUGUUAGUGUCCGUGUGAAUGAAGUCCUAUAUAUAGAUCACAAAUUUUUAUAGAAAAAUCUAAGACACUGAAUUAUUUCUUCGAUAUAUAUGAUACUUUGGUGUACUGUGAUCUCGCUGCUUUUAUCCAUAUGUCGGCUUUGGUUCCUGUGAGUUUAUCUGCUAAUUAUGAAACUCGGGGUCCAUUUACAGUGUGGGGAAGAAUGACUUUUACCCUGCAGGAGAGGGUCUCAUUGACACAAUGCUGCUUUGUCCCCAAAGAAAUCGUUUGCCUUGUAUUCUUGUUAACUUUAGCUUAGACCUGGGAAUGAUUCAACUUCAAGCCUUAACCUGGAAUUUUCUGGAUUUGAGGGAAUUCCCAAGCCUAUGGUCAUUUUCCACAUUUCCUUUAACUUAGGAAUCUUCUUUUCUUUUUGGGUGAUAGUCCUUAAAAAUAGAGAUUGAACUUGUAUCAUAGGAUUACCCUCUAAGUGUGUAAACGUGUAAUUAUGUAUGGUAUUUAGAAAAAUCCCCUGUGUCCGGUUUGUCAGUAGAAUGUGUUUAGGUUUACUUGGACAAGUCAGAGAAAUUUAUUCUUUGGUGUUAAAUCAGACAGAGGCUUUCGCCUUCUCUGAAACAAAAGAUUAUUCAUAACCCAAUGCACAUAGGUUUAAUUUGCACUGCUGCAUGCCUCACCGAGGGGACACUAAAUAAGGCCUUCAAAUAGUUACAACAGGUCAUGGCCUGAGGUUAUUUCAAAACAAACCAUUUCACAUAUAACCAAUGUGACAACAAAGUGUAUAUAUUUUAUACAAAUACCUGCUACAUAUAUAUAUGUGUAUGUAUAUAUAUAUAUGUUAGAUGAAAUAUAAUAUAUAUGGCUUCAGACCAUAGGUACAGUGGCUGUAUAGACCCAAAAAUUUAAUUAAAAAAUAUGUACAUGUAGGCACAAACACAAACAUGCAUAAAUUACUUAUUUUGGAUUGAAAUAUAUUUUGGAAGACAAAAAUAUAUGGAGUAGCAAAAUCAUUCAGAUGACUUCUAAGAGUGAUCCAGAAAAUUAAAUUUUAUCAGGUUAAAAUGCCCCAGAAAUCACGUCUGUAAAUUAAGCCUGUGGCUUCUUUAUUACCAUAUGCCAAUCAAUACUUUCACUGCAUUCUGUGACUGUUACUGUUAGGACUGCAGAGAUGAAGUAGCUGUCCUUUGCAAUGUUUAUGAAUCAUAUGCAUUUGAAUGAUCAAUUUUUUUCUUUUUUCUCAGGUGGCCUGAAGCUGACAGUAAGGUAGAUUUUGAGAGUAGUGCAAAUCCUUCCUCUCUGUUUAAAAUACACUGCCAAAAGCCAUCUCUUUAUUCUAAGAAAAAGAUUUGAAAUGCAUGUUGAUAUAUCCUAACUAUCAGACUACUUCCACUAUUACAAUGAAAAAUCUGUUCCACUCUCAGUUGCCUUUGAAGACUCUUUGACAACUAGAUUUCAAAAACAGAGACUGAAAAAUCUGUCUCUUUUACUGGUGAAGGGCAUUUGCAUUUUUUCAUUUAAAGGAAUUAGUUUGUUCUCCUGGCUCCUUCCUCUUGGGUGCUUUCUGUUCUAAUACACAGAAAGCUUGAUCAUUCUUGAUCCACAGAAAUAUCUUUUAUUUCACGAACCUCAACUUUCCGAAUGAGUUACACCUGGUGUUCCCAUCUGAAGGUGCUGUUUGCUUGGUUUAAAUGCCUUGGUCUGAGUAACUCUCAUGAUUUACAUGAUUAGCAACACUUAGCCACUUUAUCAAGACUAAUGACUAACUCUAUUUGGCCUUUCUAAUAUGUAAGAUAAAUCAUAAAGGAGUUGCAGUAGAUUUUAUUUCCAUUUAACAAUAUGUAUUUAUCGAAGAGGAAUUAGCAGUAAGGGUCUGGAGACUUUUCUUUUUUAGGUAGCAAAUAGUAUAGUGAAGGAUUCAACCAAAAGAUUAGUUUAUAAACAUCAGUAUACAUCAACUAAGAGUUUCAAAAAAUGUUUUAUUUACACUAAACAUCAGGUCUGGGUACCUUUUUAAAAUUUGACUCUAGAAUCAGACUGUCAUUUCUAAUAGAUCUGACCUUUUCUUCAGAUAAAUAAGCAUUAUUUUCUGUUCAGGCCCAAGGAAAGACAAAUGAAAGGUAAAGAAAAUAAAGGGAAUAUAUAUAUAUAAGGCAAACAUUUCUCUUUUUUUGCAUUCUAUAUUAUUAAUUAAUUAAAUUGUGGCCUUUGUUAUAAAUGUAAUGAUUCAUUAAACUAUAUUAUGUAAUAUAUUUUGACUUUUAUGAUUGAAUUUUUAUAAUAGAAUACUAUGCUGUGUGUUCAUAUCCCCUUAUAUAAAUUUUUCAAAUCACAAGAAAAUAUAGGAAAACUGGAUACCAGAAAGGCACAGGCAACAAAAGUGAUUUAUUUUAAGUAUAUGAAGAUAGGUGAACAGAUAUAAUUAACCUUCCACAAUAUUUUUACUGUUGUGAAUUGGUUAUUGUAUUACAGUAUCCUUAAAAUAAAUGUCUCAAAAUUUA